AUGUUUUUGUUUUUCGCUAAAAUUGCAUUAUCAUUCGAAGAAUACCCCGUUGCACAGAUAUUGAAUGAUGAUUGGAAUGCUGAAUUAAUCCAAACUGGACCAGAUGGCCGCUUUAUUUCUCAAAAAUUAUAUUCGGCUAAGAUGAUUCCAAAUGAAAAACAAGAUAAUAUAGUAAUAAAAGUUUAUGAAGGUGAUUUUCCAUUCUUUGAAGCUAACGAAACAGAUACAAGAACACCAAUAAUGAAUUUGAAUUUCGAAUUAAAGUCAAAGCAAAAUGGAACACUCAUUGAAUCAGAUGACCAAUACGAAUUGGCCGAAAUUAAUUUCGUUGAUACACUCGGAAGCCAUCUUGGCGCGUAUGGUUUAUUCAAUGGUUCCUAUAGAUAUGCCAUUGGUAUUGUUAAUUUAGCCACAAUUCAUAUAUCAAUAUACAGUUAUGAUCCACAAGAAUAUUACGAACUUAUUUUGACUCGUACACAAAGACCGUCUGGAAUUGAUUGGUUCUCUAAGUACCAAUCAUAUAUAAUUGGUGCGGUCUUCUUUGUCCUCGCAUUGGGCUACCUAGAACUCGUUCCUAUCUUUAUGAGGAAGAUAGGAAAGAAAGAUACAACUCCUUUGGAGAAAAAGAUGGAAGAAGAUGAAAAGAAGGCAAGAGAUGAAAGAAAUCCAGUUAAGAAAUCAAUUGGUAAAAAGACAAAGAAAGAAUAA